UAUGUGAAAGACCAUCAGAGCGAAUUAGAUGUCCUGAGAAUUCAAAUUUAAAAAUUGAUAGUGCUGUUUACGGUUGUUUUACUAAUUUAAUAUGUUCAACUAUUACAGCUCCAUAUGUUUUUCUGAGCGAUCUAACAAAUGUUACAAAUAUUGUUCAAAAUUUGUGCUAAAAAAAUGAAAGUUGUCUUAUUGAAUCCAAUAACUCUGUAUUUGGUUUUACUUGUUUGACUCUCUCGAAAUAUAUUAUGGUUAAUUACACUUGUUACUUAGAGAAACUAAUUGAACAUCACAACCCAUAUAUUGGAGGAAUAUAUUCCAUUGAAACAACAGACCCACAAUAUAGAGUUGAUCUUUUACCAGAGCAUGGAGAUCAUGCUCGUGUUGUGAUAAAUAGCGCAGAAAAAUUUUAUUGUGUCGAAGCACUUAAUGGAAGAAAUGAUUCAGUUUCAUUUCAAUCUGCAACAAAAAUAAACUGCUACUUGCGUUAUGAAAAUGAUAGACUAAAAAUACAAUCUCCUUUUAAGAUGUGUACAACUUAUUCACAUUAUCAAGACGAUGCUUCUUUUGUUAUUCGCAAUAAUACAUUUUAUCCAGGCUAUGUUUCCUUUCAACGAUCAAAAAGUCCUAUCGAUAUGGUAGAGAGUUAUUUUUUCAGAAAUGAUAACAAUACUUUUAUAUUUUUACAACCUCAACAAGAUCUUGAUUCUUACAGACGUGAUAUUAGCUUUAAACUGGAGAGGCUUGGAGUUUGAACUUUAACACAAUGGAAUACAUGGGAAACAUGCUCUGCUUCUUGUAAAAACUCAGUUAAUGGUCCAUACCAAUAUAGAAAACGAACUUGUAAUAACUUUUUUUCAUUUUAUCCAAACUACAUUGGUUGUAAUAAUAGCAGUUUAAUUGAAGAGCAACUUUGCAAUCAAAAUGUUACAUGUACAGUAAUAUGUUCACAUUAGAGUGAGUGGUCUCAGUGUAAUGCAUCUCGCUUCAUAAUUAGAACACGAAAUAGUAGCAACUAUCAAUUCUUUAAUAGCUCUGGAAACUUAACUGAGAUUAAGCCAUGAAAAUUGUAUCAAGCUUCGUGGGCACAAUGGAAUGAACUUAUGAGCUCCAAUGACUCUUAUAUUUUGAAAAAAAGACAAAGGGGUUGUAACAACCUCAUUGCCUGUGAUCGUUGUUAUGGUAUUAAUUCUGAGAUAGAAAAAAACUCAGCUGUGUGGUCACUAUGGAGCGAUUGGUCAUUUUACAAUGAUUCUUAUAGAUUUAUGAGCAGAACAAGAGAUUGUAAUAUUUUUAAAUCUUCAAUCCUUUCAAUGGAAAAAGCAAUUUUUUUGUCGAAGGGGAAAUUGAUUACAAUGUUAUUGACGCUAUUUAAAGAAUAUUAAGUGUAUUUCGAAAUCAAACCAAUAACUUUAAAUAAAUCUAUUGUGAAAAAAAGUGUUAUUAGUUUAACUAAUGGUACAGAUAUGUGCAACAAUUGUAAAAUUCUAUCAAUUUAUCUAAAUCAAGUUAAUGGAUCUUUGCAAAUAUGUUUUAACUUAAAUAAAACUGAAUUUAAUAUAACAACAACUCCUAUACAGCUUGGUUAUUGGUCCUCAAUUAAAACAACUCAAAUGUUUUUGGAAGGAAGAUACACAUACUCUAUUGAAAUUAAUGGUCAAAUAAUUGUAAAUUUGACAAAUCAAGAUGCAAAAGAAUUUUCAAAUGUUAGAGUUUUUGUUUCAGAUCCCAUUAAUGAUGUGCAAACUGGUUAUAUUAAAAAUCUUAAAAUCAUAAAUCAAGAUUGGUUGCUAUGUAAAAAUCAGUCUAAUUUCAAUCCGUCUUUUGGAGUUAUGAAUAAAUCAAUUGAGUGUUCAAAGUUGUGCUCUGAUAAUAAAUUAGAAUUAGCUUUCUGGACAUUAUGGAGCAAUUGGUCAGUUUGUAAUGAUACAUACGGAUUUAUGAACAGAUCAAGAAGUUGCAAUGUGACAAAUCCAAUAAAUGAGUGUUUUGGUAACAGCUUUGAAAUAAUCGAC